AUGUUUAAGAUAGUCUCAAAACUGAGGCUAUGCGGCGAGACUGUAACUGAUAAGCAGUUGUUGGAAAAGACUUUCCAGACAAUGUCCUCAAGCAAUUUGUUGCUUCAGCAACAAUACAGACAGAAAGGUUUUAAGACCUAUAGUGAGCUCAUCUCAUGUCUAUUGCUUGCAGAACAAAAUAACGAGCUGCUCUUGAAGAACAGUGAGCUUAGACCACCUGGAUCUAACCCUGUCCCUGAGGCAAAUCAUACCUCAAAUGAGCCUGAUGAUGGUGCUGAAGCCAACCAUGUCCGAUAUGACCAUAAGGGCCGCGGAUCCUCAUUUGGAAGAGGACGUGGCCGUAGAGGUCAUGGGCGAGGACGUGGACAAGGUGGCAACAGCAAAGGGCGCAACACCCCUUAUGACCGUCCAAACCAGUCCAAUAAUGGACAAGGUAAAGGCAGAGGCAAUGGGACUUCUUCAAAGCCACAGAAUCCUGCAAGCUCACCUUGCCAUAGAUGCGGAAUGAUGAAUCAUUGGGCAAAGAAUUGCCGCACAGCCAAGCAUCUGGUCGACCUCUAUCAAGAGAGUCUUAAGGGCAAGAAUCCGGAAGCACACAUGGUGUACAAGGAUGGUGAGGACGAUUUUGAUCAUGACAAGGACGACCUCAUGGACUUUCAGACUUCAGACAUACUCACUAUGCUGAAUAAUGAUCCAGUCGAAUAA